AACAACACGUGGAGGAGGACAGAGCCCGACACGCUUGGGGUUGAAGUCCGUUUUUGUUUUCUCUUCGCCAUAAUGAUAGGCAGCGGUGACGAUUACAAUGAUGGCUGGGCAUAUAACAAGAAAGUUGACUCUUAUGAGAGCAAUGACGAGAUCAGAAAGUUCCAGAAAUGGAAGAAAGACGAGCAGAAGAACGCAGCUCAAGCUAAGCGUUUUGAAGAUGAGUCUACAGGAGUGAAGAGGAAGGCUGAAGAUGAUGGAGGAAAGCACCAUAAAAAAGAUUGGAAGGCUAUAAAGGCUGAGGCAAAAUUGAAGAAGGAGAAGAGGAAAGAGUGGAAGGGCGGGAGUGAGGCAUAUAUGUUAGGAGUGAGGAGUAAGAAGAUUUGGGAGGAGCUUCGUCAAAGUAACUGCAAGAAGGAAAGGAAAAGUGAAUUGUGUAAGGAGCUUUGGAAUCUAGUGAAAGGAAAGGUGAAGUCACUCAUCUUUUCUCAUGACACAGUGAGGGUCAUUGAAACAUUAAUGGCUGUUGGAGGAGAGCAAUAUCGUACAGAAUUGUUUGAAGAAAUGAAGAAUGACAUCCUUGAAAUGAGCAAGAAUAAGUACUCACGCUUUUUGUUCUGAAGAUUCUUCGUUAUGGCUCUAGGGAUCAAAAAGAUUUCGUUAUAAAUCACUGAAGGGGCAUACUGCCACACUGAUGAAAAACAAAAUUGCUUGUGAUGUUGUGGAAUUAGCGUACAAUGACUAUGCAAAUGCUAGACAGCGUUCUUUGAUGACCCAAGAGUUCUAUGGCCCAAGCUUUCGCUUGUUUCCGAAUGAAGACAUUCGGUGUUUAGAAGAUGCCUUGAACUCAAAUCCUUUAAAGAAAGAGACAAUCCUCAAAGAUCUGCGUAGUGCAUUGCAGCCCAUUGUUGAUAAAGGUGUUUUUACCAAUACAAUGGUGCACACAU